GGUUCCGCUAUUUCCGUUCGUUAUAAGUUUAGCUUUUUUUCUGUACGUAUGAAAAAUAGAGAUCGGAAGUUAUAUCUUAUGUUGGAUCUUUGGUACAUGUGCGACUUUGCUCUCUAUUGAGUAUGAAAAGUUAUAGUACAAUGAAACAUCAGUUUGUGUGUAUUUAAACUGGUAUUUAUUUACUUAGUGGGUUAUUGCUUUGGGUUUGUUGGCAUCCUCCUUUGACGCAGGCGCAGGUAUAUUACCGGCUACCGGACACUCGAAUUUAUUUUUUAAGGUCAUUUCAACUGCUUCUUUACACUGGCAGAAAAUAAUCAUUAUGGAUGUAGCUGGCCGAAAAGACAAGCAAAAAUCCAAGGAGACAGCAAACAGAGCAGAUAAAGUUAAACAGAAGUCAGCUCAGCAUGAAAUGAAACAGAGGCAAAGGGCUGAGAUUUAUGCCCUAAACAAAGUGAUGACAGAACUAGAACAAGAGCAGUUCAAAACAUUCUGUCAAAAAAUGGAACCACAGGGGAAUAAUGGAUGAAGCCAAGGCCUGCUGGAAAAUUGAGUCUCUUAACUGCAUAUUCAAGAAAAUUUUCACUGCAAGGAUGUGGCUGA